CGCGUCUAUUAUUUUUAAAUUAAAAACAAUGCGCAGGGAAUUCAUAUUAGUUUUGUUGGGGAUUAUAUGUGUGUCGACACUGAGUUCGUUAUUAUCAAGCUACGUCCAAAUAGAGACGGACAAAAUAUUGUUGGACACUGUAGUCGGUGCUGUGGGUGCUGGAAACUUUUCUUACUGGCAAUCGAUGCAUAUAGGACCUCUUUUGGUAGAACUCACCUCUUUAUCAGGCGAUGCUGACCUUUACGUGUCUGAUACCAUCAGGCCAAGUUAUGAAGUGGACAAGAAUAACUUCAGCUCCAUAACCUGUGGUCUGGACUCAGUGCUUAUACCAUCAGACUUUCCACGACCUAUAGGUAUUGGUGUUUUCGGACACUGGUCACAUUAUCUCUCGGAGUACAGCAUACAAGUGUUCUUAGAUGCUUCAGCAGUCUUCAGCGAGGAGCAGGUUAAGGCUAUAGAGAGAGCUUCCCAGGGGAUUGGUGAGGGGGAAAGACAAUUAGAUGCUGAAAAGAAGAGGGAAAAGCCAGCAGCCCGCAAAGCUGACGAGGAGCCGAAGCCUCGCUUCCUGAAACUCCUGAAUAUCCUCGACAUGAUAUUUGAAAUGUUCGUGCUGUAGACAACAAGCUCUUUGGAGGUAUCAUCAACUUCUACGUGGAUUGAGCGUCGAAAAAGCCUCGUUUUCAAAUAAUGAAAUAUGAAAACAAGUGACGGAAAACUGAAAACGUCAAGAAAAAUGUGUAAUUUUUCCACGUUGCUCUUCCAAAGUGUUAUACUGUGCUUCCGAACCGCAGUGUUGUAUGAUUUAAACAGUUUUGGUGACUGGUGAGUUUUUG